CUCCAGAAGAAGAAGAAGCGCCACCACCACCAGCAGCAGCAGCAGCCCCUGGAGCUAAAAGGGGCUGGAGUCAGAGGACUACUGGGCAACGUCUCCCCCUAUUUUUUGUUUUCUUCUCUCCCCAUUUGAGCCCCCCUUGGGCUGCUUGAAUCUCCUCGGACCCUUCCAGGACCGAAAGUAUUGGACUCUGCGAAAAAGAGGCAGCUCUUCCACUGGGGAAAAAGGAUCUUGGUCCCUUGCCUUGGAGGAGGAGGAGACUGUUGCUCUGCUUUGGCCACUUUGGGUUGCCUCCCCUUUUUGCUUGGAAAGGUUGUCCUUGUCGUUGUUGCUGCAGCUCCCUUUUUGGGGCGAGAUCUCUGCCAUGGAGUUGCCAGGCGGCCUCUUUCUCCUCCUGAUGCUUGGCGUCCACGCGAGCAACCGGAUCCCAGAGCCUGGGGAUGAUAACAGUGUUUUUGAUCUCUUUGAACUAAUUGGCUUUGGUCGCAAGGGAGCAGCCCGGAAGGCGGCAGGGGUACACCCUGUGAAGGGACCAGAGAUUUCCAGCCCUGCCUACCGCAUUGAUGAUGCCAAUCGUAUCCCUGCAAUCCCUGACCACAAAUUCCAAGACAUUCUUUAUGCCAUCCAAGCUGAAAAGGGCUUCAUUCUAUUAGCUAACCUUCGUCCAGUGAAGAAGAGCCCUGGCACCCUGCUGGCUGUGGAGCGCAAGGACAAUUCUGGCCAUGUGUUUAAGCUCGUCUUGAAUGGCAAGGCUAAAACCUUGGAUUUGAGUAUCUUUCCCAAGGAGGGUAACCAGUCUCUGGUGUCAGUGGAGGAUGUUGAGUUGCCCCACGCACAGUGGAACAACAUCACCCUCUUAGUCCAAGAAGAUCAAGCUCAGCUGUAUGUGGGAUGUGAAAAAAUGGUGAAUGCUGAAUUGGAAAUCCCUAUCCAGAAUAUCUUCACCAGGGACCUGGCAAGCAGUGCCAGACUCCGCAUUGCAAAAGGAGGAUUCAAUGACAACUUUCAGGGAAUGCUGCAGAAUGUGCGCUUUGUAUUUGGAACCACAGUAGAAACUAUCCUUAGGAACAAAGGCUGUGAGAGUUCUACUAGGACCAUCAUUAAGUUGGACAAUCCCAUUAAUGGUUCCCGCCCAGCCAUUCGCACAAACUACAUUGGCCAUAAAACAAAAGACAUCCAGGCAAUCUGUGGAUUCUCCUGUGAUGAACUCACCAAUGUGUUUGUAGAACUGCAAAGCUUACGAGCCCUGGUUACAACACUUCAAGAUUCAGUCCACAAAGUGAAUGGUCUCAUGGAAUUUGUUGGUGGUCCAUUUAAAAUAAGUCCUGGGGCAUGCCUUCAUAAUCAAGUUGUGUACCAAAAUACAGCUGAAUGGACCACUGAUAGCUGCACUACAUGUACUUGCCAGAAUUCUGUCGUUAUCUGUCAUAAAGUAUCUUGCCCUCUUAUGCCUUGUUCCAAUGCCACUGUUCCUGAUGGAGAAUGCUGCCCAAGAUGUUGGCUCAGUGAUUCUGCAGAAGAUAUUUGGUCUCCUUGGUCCGAGUGGACAACUUGCUCGGCGACAUGUGGCAAUGGGAUCCAGCAGAGAGGACGUUCUUGUGACAGAAUCAACCAUCGCUGCGAAGGCUCCUCUGUCCAAACACGAAUCUGCAAUAUGCAAGAGUGUGAUAAGAGAUUCAGACAGAAUGGUGCCUGGAGCCAUUGGUCCCCUUGGUCGUCCUGUUCUGUGACUUGUGGAAGUGGAGUGAUUACUAGAAUCCGUCUGUGCAACUCUCCUCUUCCUCAGAUGGGUGGCAAAGAGUGUGAAGGAGAAGCAAGAGAAAACAUGCCUUGCGAGAAAAGCCCUUGCCCAAUCAAUGGCAACUGGGGACCAUGGUCACCAUGGGAUACCUGUCCAGUCACAUGUGGAGGGGGUGUCCAGAAGCGUGGCCGUCUCUGCAACAAUCCUGAGCCCCAGUAUGGAGGGAAGGAUUGUAUAGGUGAAGCAUUUGACAACCAGAUCUGCAACAAGCAGGAUUGCCCAAUUGAUGGGUGCCUCUCUAACCCUUGCUUUGCGGGAACAACAUGUACUAGUUUUCCUGAUGGUUCCUGGAAAUGUGGUGCUUGCCCUGCUGGCUAUCAUGGAAAUGGAGUCAAAUGCAAAGAUGUUGAUGAGUGUAAGGAGGUUCCAGAUGCUUGCUUUGUCUUGAGUGGAGUGCACAGGUGUGAGAAUACUGAGCCUGGGUACCACUGCCUGCCUUGCCCACCACGUUUUACUGGAACACAGCCCUUUGGACGAGGAGUGGAGAAUGCAAUAGCAAACAAGCAGGUCUGCAAACCACGUAAUCCAUGUACUGAUGGAACUCAUGACUGCAACAAGCAUGCCCGGUGCAUUUACCUUGGGCACUUCAGUGAUCCCAUGUAUCGCUGUGAAUGUAAACCAGGCUAUGCUGGUAAUGGCAAUAUCUGUGGAGAAGACACAGAUUUAGAUGGAUGGCCAAAUGAGAACCUUGUCUGCGUUGCCAAUGCUACUUACCAUUGCACUAAAGAUAACUGCCCAAACCUUCCCAACUCUGGACAGGAAGAUUAUGAUAAAGAUGGAAUUGGUGAUGCUUGUGACAGUGAUGAUGAUAAUGACAAUAUUCCAGAUGACAGAGACAACUGCCCAUUCAUUUAUAAUCCACAGCAGUAUGACUAUGAUAGGGAUGAUGUUGGUGAUCGCUGUGAUAACUGCCCUUACAAUCACAAUCCUGACCAGAUAGAUACAGAUAAUAAUGGAGAAGGAGAUGCUUGUGCUGUGGAUAUUGAUGGCGAUGGCAUUCUUAAUGAAAGAGACAACUGUCAGUAUGUGUACAAUGUUGAUCAGAAAGAUACAGACUUGGAUGGUGUUGGUGAUCAGUGUGACAACUGUCCUAUGGAACACAAUCCUGAUCAGACGGAUUCCGACUCUGACCGUAUAGGUGACAAAUGUGAUAGCAACCAGGACAUUGAUGAAGAUGGCCAUCAAAAUAACCUUGAUAACUGCCCAUAUGUGCCCAAUGCUAAUCAGGCUGACCAUGACAAAGAUGGGAAAGGUGAUGCCUGUGACCAUGAUGAUGAUAAUGACGGCAUCCCAGAUGAUAAAGAUAAUUGCAGACUGGUUGCCAACCCAGACCAACUUGAUUCUGAUGGUGAUGGACGUGGAGAUGCAUGUAAAGAUGACUUUGACAAAGAUAAUGUUCUAGACAUUGAUGACAUCUGCCCAGAGAAUGUUGAUAUCAGUGAGACAGACUUCCGUCGAUUUCAAAUGAUUCCCUUGGAUCCUAAGGGAACAUCUCAAAAUGAUCCAAACUGGGUCGUUCGUCAUCAAGGCAAAGAACUGGUUCAGACUGUCAACUGUGAUCCUGGACUUGCAGUUGGUUUUGAUGAAUUUAAUGCUGUUGAUUUCAGUGGUACAUUCUUCAUUAAUACAGAAAGGGAUGAUGACUAUGCAGGCUUUGUGUUUGGAUAUCAGUCCAGCAGUCGUUUUUAUGUAGUCAUGUGGAAACAAGUGACCCAGACUUAUUGGGAUAUAGAACCAACCAAAGCUCAAGGAUAUUCAGGACUUUCUAUCAAAGUAGUAAAUUCCACCACAGGGCCCGGAACACACCUUCGUAAUGCACUGUGGCACACUGGAAAUACUGCUGGGCAGGUGCGGACUCUGUGGCAUGAUCCUCGUCACACAGGCUGGAAAGAUUUCACUGCCUACAGAUGGCGUCUCAGUCACAGACCAAAGACUGGUUACAUUCGGGUUGUAAUGUACGAAGGAAAGAAAAUCAUGGCUGAUUCUGGCCCCAUUUAUGACAAAACCUAUGCUGGCGGUCGGUUAGGAUUAUUUGUUUUCUCUCAAGAAAUGGUGUUCUUCUCAGAUCUUAAAUAUGAAUGUAGAGAUCCAUGAUGACAAGGCAGUUGACACAGAAAGUAUUUCAAAAUGCUGAUAUUGCACCUUCCAAAAUAUUUUGUUUCCACAAAUCCUGGGACCAUUUCUUUUUGCUCUUUCCUUUCUUCUGUUCAUAGACUGAAAAUACAUGACCUGCCUCAAGAUAAUGCUUUUGAGAGAGAGAGCAAGCGAGCGGCAAAGGACACUUCCUAUCUGACCUCUGUUGGCAUAGAAGAAAUCAAAUUCUUUCACGAAUAAGAACAUCCUUUGCCUGAGGAGCAAAUAGUCACUUCUGUAAGAAAGACAUUUGUCUAGUUGGGCAUUGUCACUGCCUCUCUUUAACUGGAGGUCCAAUGGAGUAGCACUUUUAUAGUAAGAACAUUUUUAUGACAUGUUGUGGACUACUUAAACAUUAACUGUACACUUCAUCUUACAGAAGAGGGAUAGAGAAAGAAUAGCAGAAACUGAAGGCACCUGCCUCACGUUUUGAAAUGGGAAUGUGCUUCCGAUGGUUUAUAUCCAGAAAAAUUGGAGGGACUGUUACAUGUCUAUUGAACAAUGUGAUCCUAUGUAUGUUUGCUCAGAUGCAAGUCCCAGUGAAUUCAAAUAGGACUUAUUCCCACAUAACUGUGCAUAGGAUUACAGCCUAACAUUUCUUCAGUUAAUAGGAAAUGCUUGAUUAUAUAGUAAAACUAGCUGCAGUAGCUGGCUAGCCCCAUACAGCAUUAAACAUUUAAAUAUGCAUAUAUAUUGUGGGGCAAAAGGAGCAACAACAUAGGCACAUUGGAUUGUGCCAGCUUGGUCAGGAAGGGUUUUUAGAGGAACAGAUAGGAAAAGCAAGUUUACAUGUGCCGUUGCAUGAUAACACAGAGAUUUGAUACGAGAGGUAGCUAGUACAGAUGUAGCAAGAAUAUUAAGGUGCCUAAAAGCACCUUCAUCUCAGUUUAGCACUUGUAUUGGCCUUCAAGAAACUAUGUUUGUUUUGCUUUUAUUAUGGUUACAAAGGCACAAAAAGUGACAAACACAAUUAAAUAGGAAAAAAAAUUUUCUACAAAAUGCAGUGGAGUGUUUUUUUAAAGGACAUUUUGAAAACAUUGAUUUUUGUAGAAAUGGAAAUGUAGAUAAAAAAAUGUAAAAUAUUUAUUUUUUACCUAUCCUGUCAUAACAAAGGAUUAUGGAGUGAAACAGAAAGAAUGCGUCAAGACUAUCCAUUUAAUCAUUUUGCUACAUGUCUCCAUGACUGUCACAUUGUAAAUACAGGUUAUUUAUUUUUCUAUAGUGAAUCUAGAUAUCUGUAUAGAAGAUAUUUUAGUUACAAAGAGCAAAUUUUUCAUAAACAAUGUGGGGCACAGAAAAAUAGUAGCUGGGUGGGGGUUAGGCUUUAUGUUUUGUUCUCGAUACAUUUGUCUUUCUUCCUCUGUACAAAGCAGAUGGCAUAUCGCUAUAUCCAACUGCUAGCCCCAGCUAGCAUAGAUCCAUUAAGUCAACUGCUGAAUGAUGAGUCAACCCUUAGGUAAAUCCCACCGAUUCAGUGGGGUUACUCCAAUGAGGACUAGCAGUUUUAUUUAGGCCAAAGUAUCCUAGUUGGUUACUUAAAGCUCCAUUUUUAAACCACAAAGAUGUUAAAAUGUUGGCUGUUCUAGACUAUUCACUCUUUUAAGAGAGGAGACAAGAUAGCUUUUCUAUCAGCGUUGGUCACAGUCCACUGAUAGUCUACACAAUUCCUCCUUUUAAAAGAAUUUGCACAGGAUACAUUCUCAGUGGAUGGUUGUAUUUCUCACUUUUGUGAUAGUGCUAUACAGUUAUAGCAUGCCUAUUGGUCAUUGUGCCAGACAAUGAAAUAAAAUCCCUGCCUGAGGAGGCUACAGAUUAAAGGAAGAAAGGAGAUGAGAACUAUUUGACUUUUGCAGAUCACACACCCUAGUCACUAAAGAGAAGUGUCUGACAGGUGGGAUUUCUGGAUCAUUGUUUAAGACUGCUCAUGGUAUAAGGAGCAGCAUAUGUUUAUCCACAAAUUUCCUCUUACUGGGAAAAAAAGAAUGUCAAAAGUGAAACUUUAAUGUACAAAUAUUACCUCAUUGUUGUGUAACUGAGAAAAGGAAAAAAAACCUUUGGAUUAAGAAGAGUUUAAAUACCAACAAAAUUUAAAGCUACUGUAGUAAGAGAGAAAAAGAUAGCAAGCUGUACAUAGGUAAAAAAUGUUUUUACAGAAACACAUUUUCCCAAGUAAGAAAACAGCAUUGAAGCAAUCAAUGCUUAGAAUGAUUUAUGAUAUUGUGCUAGAUUGGUUUCCCCCCAUCAUCUUGUAUACAAGUCCUUGUAUUUUGUAUAAAUUAUUUUUUCAUUAAUGUUGGAACAGGUAAUCUCUUAUUUGUGUAGAUAUGCUAUUUAAAUAAUUUAUCAGGAAAUGCUACCUGUAGAGCUGUAGUGUUUCUAUUUUUAUAAAACAUUUGCACACUGAAUUGAAUAAUUGUUUGCUUCCCAUUCCCAGUGUUGUUGCUAUUAGUAUAUACUUUUUUCCUAAAAAUGAGCAUAUUUUGUACACAUGUAAACCAUUUUACAACUUUAAAGCUGUGUAAAUUGUACAAUAAAUGUUUCCUGCAUACAAGAAACAAUAAACAAAUACAGAAAUCUAUAUUUACAA